AUGCCAAGCGACCCAGAGAAGCGGUACAACUGCACUAGAAAAAUGGCAUCCUCAAAGUCCAUCACAGAUCCUCCGAGAAAGCCCAUGCUCCUCGAUGUCAAGACCCCAACAGUUUCUUCACUACCAUCCCAGUCUCCCGAGAUAGUGGUACCAACAUUUCAACACCAAUCCUUCGACGAGUCGGCGAAAGACGUCGAGCAAACUUCUCCCCCUCCCCCAGUCGUGUAUCCCGAUCCAUACAAUAUCCAGGAGGGCUUGAGGAAUGAGCUGCAGCUAUCCGAGCUACGAAGGAGGAAAUGGGGGAGCAAACUGGUCAAAUACCAUUCGAAGCAAAAUAACUUAAUAGUUUCGUUGCUCAAACCAAUUGAAGAAUAUACCGCUGAAGCCCAGAUACAGGAAGAAGCUGACCGUCUCCCGGUCCAAAUAGCCAUAUGGGCAAGUCUGAUUGCCAAUUUCUCCCUGUGCAUCUUGCAGAUGUACGCUGCGAUAUCAUCCAUAUCUCUCUCGCUUCUUGCCACGGGCAUCGACUCGAUAUUCGACAUAUGCAGUAAUAUUAUCUUAUUCUGGCUACAUAGAAAGGCGGAACGACUUGAUUCCUCUAAGUGGCCCGUUGGCGGUGCCCGAUUAGAGACGAUUGGAAACAUUGUUUACGGUUUUCUGAUGGGUUCCGUCAAUCUUGUCGUCGUAGUGGAAUCGUGUCGCAGUAUCAUCUCGCAUCGGACUGACAGCGUGAAUGUUUUUCAUCUUCCGUCGAUCGUCACUGUCGCCGCAGCUCUGUUCGUCAAGCUGUUAUUAUUUGUCUACUGUUUCUCAUUACGAAAGAGCUCGAGUCAAGUUCAAGUACUUUGGGAGGAUCAUAGGAAUGAUCUGUGGAUCAAUACGUUUGGGCUGCUGAUGUCUACGGGGGGAAGCAAACUACGGUGGUAUCUUGAUCCUGUGGGAGCUAUCAUCAUUGGUCUUGGGAUCAUGAUGGCAUGGGGCCGCACAAUCUAUGCUCAAUUCAAACUUCUAGCUGGAAUGUCAGCCCCCCACGAGAUGCUUCAGUUAUUGAUAUACAAAGCCGCCACGUUUAGCGACGACAUUGAGAAGAUUGAUACUGUAAGGGCUUACCAUAGUGGCCCAGAUUACUUCGUAGAAAUCGACAUCGUUAUGAACGCGAAUACACCAUUAUGGAAGGCACAUGAUUUAAGCGAGAAGCUGCAAGAUAAGAUUGAAGGGCUUCCAAAUGUAGAGAGGGCAUUUGUACAUGUGGAUUAUGAGACGACCCAUUCACCGGAACAUAGAAAGACACAAUGA